UCGCGGAGAUUAAAAGUCAGAAGGACCUCUGCAGGCCCAACAUUCUUUUGGAUUCCGUUCCUACCGUGGCUCUGAAGCACAUAAUCGGAUUGCACAUAUUGGACUUGUCCCAUAACAGAUUGAUAACCCUAGAAGCCGACUCCUUCAACGGGUUGUCGAAUUUAGUUGAUUUGGAUCUUUGUGAUAAUCUACUCUCGCAAUUGUCGCCGCACGCAUUUUCGGCAGUUCUGGCAUUGCGGUCUCUGAAGAUGAGAAACCAAUUGAGCUUAUCGGCACUUUCAGCCCUCAGAGUUUCGAAGAAUCUCGAAGAACUUGACCUCUCCAAUAAUAUGCUUCUGGGUCAAAUAGGAGCGAAUCUUCUCCCUCGGAUGCCCAGAUUGCGAUUUCUUAACGUCUCUGAAAAUGAAUUAGUAAACGUUCAACAAGGAGCAUUAAUUGUACCCGACUUGACUUCGCUAAGUCUCAGUCACAACCAGAUAGACGUUCUGGAUGACUAUUUCUUCAAGUACUUAUCAACUUUGACUCGUCUAGAGUUGGCGAAUAAUCGCAUAGUCGCGGUAUCGAGUGCAUCGCUGGCACAUUUGGACAAAUUGACGACCCUGAACCUGCCCCAUAAUAUUCUAAGGUCUUUAACCGCGGACCUGGUGGUGCCAUUACAGAGUCUGCAAGAUCUGCUGCUGGACGACAACGACAUCACGAUGGUGUCCAGCGACGUUCCCAAUUCCAAGCUCCAUUUGAAGCGCUUAUCUCUUUCCGACAAUCCUUUAAACUGUGACUGUACCUUGUUAGGGUUUGCCAAUUGGAUAAGCAACUCCACCCUGGACGAGGGCAAGGCUUCGGCAGUUUGCGCGACUCCUCCUGCUCUGGAAAACGGAAUCCUAACUCAGGUUUCACCUGGGAGUCUGCUUCGUGGGGAACCUACUCCACCGAUCAUGACCAGGGUUCCUCUGGCUGGGGCCCAAUUGACCUUAAAAGAAUUCCGCUGUGAUAGAAACACCGGAGUUAAUUUACUCUGGCAUGUGGAGCCUUGUGCAGAAAGAUACACUUGUGAUAUUUAAAGAGUUUAUGAGACCGUUGGCGACAGCGAGGUCCAGACCAAGUCGAGUCCAUUUCAUUGCGACUCCAGGCCCAUGAGGGAUCCCUGUUCGCUGCCUGUAUCCAUUGGUCCUUCGUCCCUUCGACUGCAGCCUGGACAUAAGUACAAGUAA